ACCCCAGUGGUCCUGCAACAGUAUCUAUUCAAGCACUUUUCCCCUUCACUGCUCACGUCAACCCGGAAACAAAAAUGGCCGCCAAGAGAAGAUGAUCGAGUGUUUACGCUGUCUCAUUUUUAAGAUUUGUCUGAAAGAUUUAAAGGUAUAAUAGUAACCAUGGCAACUGGAAGGCUUUCACAAAACACCCGCUCCAAUGGGUUGUUGAUCCUGGUCUUAUCAACUGUGAUCACCAUGAGCUCAGCACUGGAAUAUGCUUCGAAUCUCACAGUUUCUUCCAAGACGGCCAACACCGCGACUCUUACCUGGACAUCAGCAGCCAGUGGUGGUAAUGCCUCAAGCUACAUCGUCUCUGUUGUCUUAGACACCAGCGUUCUCGAGAAUGUGACCAUCUCGACCAUAGCUACUAACACGCACACAAUCACCGGGCUGACCUACUCGACCUUCUACACCGUGCUGGUGUACACCUACGAUUCGACCGGGCAGAGCACUGGGGAAGCAACCUCUGUUUCCUUCUGGACUAAAUACACCUCAUGGAACACGAAGUUCAUCGGAGCGUUGGGUGUGAUUGGCUUCAUCAUUGUCACUUUAUUGACGAUGAUAAUCUUGAAGAGUAAGUGCCUCCCUCCCGAUCCGAAGCCUAUGGUUAUGGAUGAUGAGAAGCUUGUGGUGGAUGGGGAAGGUGUUAAUGAUGAACUACCCAGCGAGGAGGGUAACAAAGAGGACAAGGAGCAGCCGAAAAGUCCGAUCAAAGACAGAGAUAUAGCAAUAUUCUAAAAUGAAAAUCAAUUAUCCAUGUGUAAAGUUUGUGGACUCCUUUUUUUUUGCAGUGAACUGAUAAAGUUUUAAGUUCGGGUGAUAGUUGUUUUAAACUUUAUUUAGGUCCUUUUAGCAUCCAUGGCUUCGGCUCCAGAGUCGGCUCAGGCUAGGUUAGCCCCGCGGUUGUUUUGACAAUUUAUUGUGCGUCCUUUGCGUACGUGCUCAGGACAUCAGACGAGAAGACGGAGCCCGAAGCCGAAUCCAAAGCCGAAACCGUGGUUUCGAAAAGGGCCUUACAGAGAAUGUCUCCAAAUUGAUUGUAUAUAAAGUCCA